CGCAUUUUCAGCAGCCCUCCGGCUUUCGUCUUCCUCUCCUCUCUACACCGUCGUCGCUUUUCAGCGCACCAUACACUCUCUUAUCCAGUCCACUCCUUCUACAUCAAAUACACUAAAGAUGUUCUCCACCGCCCUCCUCGUCCUCGCCGCCGCGGUUUCUCCCGCGCUCGCGACCAUCUACGUAACCUCGCCCACCGCUUCGUCCCAGUGGACCGCUGGCCAGCAGCAGACCAUUUCCUGGCAGGAUGACGGCCAGUCGCCUUCGCUGGCCAACUUCGGUCCCUCCAAGGUCUCCGUCUACGUCGGCAACCAGAUCCAGCAGACCCCGGUCCAGGUGAUCACUCAGUCGGUCGACGUGUCCACCACCAGCUCGAUCGUUUUCACUCCUGAUGCGAGCACUGGCCAGAACGGCCAGUACUACUUCAUCCGCUUCGAGUCCCUUGGCCUCAAGGACGCUACCAAUGCCGCCUUCCCCGCGCUUGCGUUUUCCUCCAAGUACACUAUGUCGGGCAUGACUGGCACCUUCACUGCUGAAGAGCUGGCCCAGAUCUCUGCUGCUGUUUCCUCCGGUGCCGCGGCGACCACUAGCGCGGCUGCCUCCAGCGCCACCCCCGCGGGGACCACCACUACGUCCGCAACCGCGUCCAAGAUCACCACCAGCAAGGCUGUCUCUGGUACCUCUUCCGCUGCAUCCAGCACUGCCUCCACCAGCAAGAGUAACGGCGCAUCAACUCUGCCUCUCAGCGCGCUCACUGGCGUCGCGGGUGUUGCUGUCGCCAUAUUCGCCGCUAUGUAUAUGUAAGCGUGCGUGAUGAUCGGUGGACAUCUUGGUUGGCACGCACAUCGCGUCUCCCCUCUAUACUCGAUUUACGGUAGUUGAGACCCUCUGAAACAGCCGUCGGGCUCCUACGUCGACAGCUCUCUAUUCCCACUCCUCUCCUCACACUAUCUCGGUACCCAGCCUUCUACUUCACUUCUGGUCUAUCUCAAAUCAAUUCUUGUUUCUCUCGCUCCGCUUCGAAUUGGCUCCAACAGGAGAGAUACAGGAUCGUGUGUUCGACCGACUACUCCCGGUCCUCUCGCCUCGCUCGCUCCGUCCUUCGUCGGCUGCCGCACCUAUCACUCGAUCGUCUAAACCUCCCCGAUCGCUCAUGACCAUUGCACGAACCCCCUCACGCACGAGACGUACAAUGUAUAGGUAUAUAUGGCGUAGCAUAGCAUAGCUUUGGCUGAGGACCUUGGCUUUCGUUCUUUAAUGCACGUAUGCUGUUCUCUGACACUUCGUCGUGUGGCUUGUGCCACAACCGCU